AUGUCUAUGCCUAAUGUCAAGAUUCUCGGGGUGCCUUUAUCGCCAACGCUGUCUCCAGUGUUAGCUCCCCUGGAUGAUAAAAACACUAUUGCACAGCUACCUCCUUUGCAGCUAGACGAAGGUGGUAAGGGCACAGGUUCUAUGUAUCGGACGUCACUAUCUAAGUUGACUGAGAAGUCCGUUACUAGUGCCAAUAACAACAACGAAAGUAAGCGAGAGCCUCGGAAGAAACCCGUGGGCUCUUCAAGAAUACUACGAUCAACAUCACCGAUAAGGACAGCAAUGAGCAGUCAAGCGCCGAAGAUGCUUAAGUCGGAAUAUAUGAAUUCGAUGACCAUGUGGAAAGAUAAAAUGUUGAGUGUACAACGCACAAUUCGAACAGAUUCAUGUAAUGUGAUAACUGCUGCCACAGCACUAUGCUCGUCGAAUAUGCCGACUUCAAUAAAUAGCGUGAUUGAUCAUGCUAAGGUUAGGGAACGACAGGGUCCCGUUAACGGCGAUAGCAAUAGUCGAGCGCCGAAGCCCACAGUGUACUCUCGAAAACUUCGAGACUUUGUACCCCCCCGGCACGCUCGCGAAAUGUCUACGGUAAGUUGCUUAAGCGGAAAGACAGCCUAUGAAGCUGAGUCUUCUCCCGCAACUAUAGGUUCGCCACCAUUUAACAGUGACGCAGGAUUCCGCUUCCCAUCUCUUUCGUCCACAGCUUCUUCGGUUUCUAAUUCCAACUAUGGAAUCGAAGAGAAUGCAUUCGACUUUAAGGGCGGUAGCAAUAGAGAAAGCAUUAUUUGCGGGCCAUUGGAAGACAGGCUCUGGAUGGGCUGUGACGACGAAAUAGAUCCCCCACUAGAGGCACCAACGGAAUUGACUUCCACCCUGGAUAAAAAUAUUGACGCAGAUAUGCAGUCAUUGCGGUUCGAAUUAUACAUCAAAAGGCUGGAGUUGCAGAUUGACCAGCUAAAACUACAAAACGAUAGAUUAAAACAUUCCAUAGAGUAUUCUGCCAUGCAGGAUAGACUACUAUUGGAAGCCCUUCAGGAAGCUAGAAAGGUAAGGUUAAAUCAGGAUAUGGACAUGCAGAAGAAGUUAAAACGGCUAGAAGCCAAGGUAGAAGAGUACAAGAAUAUCAUCGCAAAAUUAACAACGUCUAAUGGCACCAAAAGAGUGCAUCAUAAAGUUACACAAUUGGAUGAAAAACAGAUUCUGUCAAUUACUGACGAAGACUCUACUCCUCCAGCUACAGGAGAUGCUAGUGAUUUUGACGACAUAUACAACAACACUACAUUAAACAGCGCGAACAUUACCGACGAAAACGAUACAGAAGACAGCGCUCAGUCUAAGGCUAGAGAGAGGUACUCCAAGAGGCACAGCCGUGGCUGGGACCUCAAUUUAUCCAUUAAUUUGGAAUAA